CAGCGCUGGCUAGCAUUUUCCAUUCGUUGAGCUGGCCGGGAAUACUAACUGCAAUGUGUGUACAGUGGAUUUGAAAUAUGAAUUAGCUUAUAUAUUUUUAAGCAGUCAAUGGCGAUAAAGUGUCGUUAGAGUAAAUAUUAGCCACAUCUACCGGGCUUUUGAGAGAAGAUCUCGUCAUGUUUGGUAUUGAUGCGGAGGUCUGGCGCGCGGGCUGUCAACAAAGUCCGGCUGAAAAAACGCUGCUGUUUCCCCAGCUCUCUCUUAUGACAUAGUCGUGGUGAUGACAAAGCUGAAUCAUGCCGGGUAAAUUGAAAGCUAAGAUUGUGGCGGGGCGUCACUUACCAGUCAUGGACAGAGCCAGCGACCUCACUGAUGCCUUCGUAGAGGUCAAGUUUGGCAACACAACUUUCAAAACGGAUGUCUACCCCAAGUCCCUUAACCCACAGUGGAACUCAGACUGGUUCAAAUUUGAGGUGGAUGAUGAGGAUUUGCAGGAUGAGCCAUUACAGAUCACAGUGUUGGACCAUGACACUUACAGUGCCAACGAUGCAAUAGGGAAGGUCUACAUUGACAUCGACCCUCUGCUGUCCAGCGAGGCUGCUACCGUCAUCUCUGGAUGGUUCCCCAUCUAUGACACUAUACACGGUAUCAGAGGGGAGAUUAAUGUUCUGGUAAAGGUGGACCUCUUCAACGACCUAAACCGCUUCAGACAGUCCUCCUGUGGGGUCAAGUUCUUCUGCACAACAUCCAUCCCGAGGUGUUACCGCGCGGCGCUGGUCCAUGGUUUUGUUGAGGAGCUGGUGGUGAACGAGGACCCGGAGUACCAGUGGAUCGACCGCAUCAGAACCCCCAGGGCUUCUAACGAGGCCCGCCAGCGACUCAUCUCCCUCAUGUCUGGUGAGCUGCAGAGGAAGAUUGGUCUGAAGGUGUUGGAGAUGGGUGGUAAUGCGGUGGUGGGCUACCUGCAAUGCUUUGAUCUGGAGGGAGAGUCGGGUCUGGUGGUCCGAGCCAUCGGCACCGCCUGCACUCUGGACAAACUCAUCCCUGGGACUGCUUCCAACACCAUCACACACCCCAACACCGCCCCGGCAUCCAAUGCCUGCAACUCCCCCUCUAAGGAAAGCAAAGAGCACGUGUUCAGUGAGGACCCAACCCACCCCCUCUCCGUCCCUCCCACCCCUCUCAAAACACUUCCUUCCUCCUCCUCUCCUCCUCCCUUCUCUCCAUCCAAGCCAUGCAGUCGCCAGUCCUCCUCCUCAGACACAGACCUCAGUCUGACGCCCAAGAUGGGGAUGGGGAGUGGGAUCAGCGUUGGGAAAGAGGCAGGGCCUCUGAAGACCCUCCUCAGACAGCAGGCCCAAUCAGCAUUGGAGCAGAGGGAGUUCCCCUUCUUCACGUUGACUUGUUUUCCCCCCGGCUUCCUGGUUCACAUCGGGGGAGUGGUCAGCGCCCGCUCGGUCAAGCUGCUUGACCGCAUACACAACCCUGACGAGCCAGAGACGAGGGACGCGUGGUGGGAGGAGAUUCGUCAGGAGAUCAAGUCUCAUGCCAAAGCCCUGGGUUGCCACGCUGUGGUGGGAUACAGCGAGAGUACCACCAUCUGUGAGGAGGUGUGUAUCUUGUCUGCGUCGGGCACGGCGGCCAUGUUGAAUCCCAGGUUCAUGCGCGAGGGCUGUUUGGACGCCGGCGGCAGCGACCACAGGUUGUCACGACAACCACCCCUCGGCAUGGUUGGGUCGGAGAGGGCAGAGGGGGAAGUUAGCUCAGCUUGGCUGGGGUUUGAUGAUGCGUCACCUCCUAGCUGCGGAUUUUGUCACAUCCCAUAUGAUGAAUUCAACAUGCCGUUUCCAGCUCAGCUCACAUACUGCUACCACUGUAGGAGACAGAAGGUCCCUGACGUGCUCUUUACUACCAUAGACCUACCUGCUGAGGCUGCUGUUACUGGGAAGGGCUGCCUCAUACAGGCCAGGUUGUGUCGUAUCAAGAAGAAGGCCCAAGGCGAGGUGAAUGCCACAGCCAUCUCUAACCUCCUCCCCUUCAUGGAGUAUGAGCUCCACACCCAGCUGAUGAACAAACUGAAGCUGCGCUGCAUGAACGCUCUGUUUGGGCUCCGCAUUCAGAUCAGUGUGGGAGAAAACAUGCUCCUAGGACUAGCUUCUGCAACGGGUGUGUACCUGUCAGCUCUGCCAGCUCCAGGUGGUAUCCAGAUAGCUGGUAAGACCCCCAGUGACCUGAGCUACGACCAACACAUUUCAACCAUGCAGAAACGCAUCAAUGACACCAUCGCCAUGAACAAGGAGCUCUACAACAUACACCCCCCGGAUUGUAUAGAGGAGGUGGUGGGGUCUCCUAUCCCUGACAGACAGCGGUCCAGACUGUUCAGGUCUACCUCUGAGAGUUCAGAUGAGCUGUCAGAACUAGACCUGUCCCACGGCAAGAAGGACGCCUUCGUACUGGAGAUUGAUGACACUGAUGCAGUAGAGGACAUCCAAUCCCUACUCACUGAUGCCCCCAUGCCUGCAGGGUUCUACAGCUGUAACACAGAGAUCAUGCCUGGGAUUUACAACUGGACUUCAGGGCUACAGAUGUUUACAUCUGUCAGGGUCUACAGACUCAAUAAUGCCAAUCUGACCAACCAGGGCCUCAACAAGAUCUUCACUGACCUCUGUGAGAAUUUACUCAAGAGUCUAUACUUUAAGUUACGUUCCAUGAUCCCCUGCUGUCUAUGCCAUCUCAACUUCACUGUAGCCGUACCAGAGGAAGAACUCAUACAGGUGGCGGUGACGGCUGUAGCCAUGAGUUUUGACAAGGAGACUCAGCUGGCAGCAGACAAGGCUCUUAACAAGGGGAGUGGAGAGAAUGAAGAGCAGCUACAGUUUUCUAUGGAGCUGUGUGGAGAGUCAACGUCCUCCAACAACCAGCCUACAGCCAAACCUUCAGGUGUUCCAGAGAGUGCCAUGACCCACUCAUCGUCUCGAGACAGAUGCAGCACCUGGCUAGAGCUGCUUAGGCUGAAAGCUCACACCAUAAGACGAGGAUCAGUUAAGACAAUCUCGUCCUCAGAGCGCUGCAGUCCUCUCCCAGAGGUGCGGUCCCGGUCCCUACGCUCUACCAGGUCGUUGCCAUGCGGUGCCCCUGUUACCGUGGUGAAGAUGACUCCUCUGUCCUUUCUCCCCAGGACGCGCAUCGUCAAAUACUUGGGAAUCAUCAACAUGUUCUUCAUUAGAGAGACCACGUCACUACGAGAGGAGGGGGGUGUAAGUGGGUUCCUGCAUUCCUUCAUAGCGGAGGUGUUUGCCAUGGUCCGUGCCCAUGUAGCAGCUCUGGGGGGCAACGCCGUAGUGUCAUACAGCAUGAAGGAGUGUGUCUUCAUGGAAAACCCCAACAAGAACCAGGCUCAGUGUCUGAUUAAUGUUAGUGGUGAUGCUGUCAUCUUUGUCAGAGAAUCAGACCAGGAGGCCAUACCCCCUCUGAUUACGAGCGGACAGACCAGCACCACUGGGGCUGAUGGGCCCACAUGACACUCACGCACGCACACACACACACACACACACACACACACACACACACACACACACACACACACACACACACACACACACACACUUGAGUCUAGCCAUCCAAAUAAUUGUGAUUUAUGUCUGCCAUAAACAGACUAGUUGGAGAAAUUGUCUCUUAAUUGGCCAUUAAGGCACUCUACAUAAGCCAUUUAGAGGCAUUAUGUCAUGUCUGUCUUUGUCUGUCUGUUGGUGAUAUAAUAGACAUUCCAAUACAUGGUGAAGUUUUAGGCAGCUAAAAGACUGAUUGCUCUCCAUCCAGUCACUAGCCGGCCAUUCUAAAGUGUACAGGGUAGUCAUUAGUAGACAGCCAUGAGUACCAUACUCAGUACAGCAGGGUUUCCCAAUAGGCAGCCCGUGGGCCAAAUUCGACCCGUGUGGUUUUAUUUUGCCCACUCAAGAUUUCGGCGCAAAAAAACAUGGUUUUAUAUCAUUUUUGUUCUUUGACAUAAGACUGUAAAAUCACCAGGAAAUUAGCUCAAAGUGAUUUUAAUUUAGGAAAUCUGUUUCCAAGUAUUCCCACGCAUAGCUAUAGGCAUAUGUGAUUGUAUCCCAAUUUAAUCAAGGUGUGAAAUUAUUCUGUUUUUGUGAAAUACUAUAUCUGUUUGGGAUUCUUGCGGUCAAUUUGCAGGGUACUAAUUAUAACUAUUUUCCGGAUCCCCAACCAUCUGCUCAAGGAAAUGUAGGCCCACGACUUAGUAAUUGGGGACCCCUGCAGUACAGGAUAGCCACUACUGAAGAUGGCCAUGGUAGAGAGAACUAAAUUGAGUUUAAUUGUGUCACUGUAUGACAAUGUUUUUGGCAAACAUUCACACAAACAUACAACCACCCCGUGGACAGCCUCCUGUCACACUCCUGGCUGUCCUGACUGCGGCCUCAACGGUGUCCAUACUACUGAACUCUCCUGUUUUUAACAAUCAUGUAAAUGCUGGGAAAUAAACUUAUUGCGAUGACCUCUUUUUGUUCAUAGUCUGGGUGCCACGAUAACUUUUAUUUGUGUAAAUGUACUCUAAAAUCUGAUUUUAGUAUUUUUAUAAAGUAAGAGUAUAUUAGUGGUGUCUAAUUUUGCAUGUCUAAUGAAGUCCUUGAAGUUUGAUUAAUUGUGUAAGAAGUAAGAGAUGCGUUCUACUGUUAAUGAAUACAACCUGUUUCUCUUUCUCUGUAAGACUUGAAUGUAAAUACAUAUAGAGUGUGUUGCUUAGUGUCUAGCAGCAUGUAUCUACUAUUGCCAUGACUGUCAGCUUGUUGCCUGAGAUAAACAGUACUGCACAAUAAA